AUGGAUCUUGUAGAUACCAGCGUAGAUCUGUGGAUAGGAUGCUUAGGAAACGACUCGUUGCUGCAGCCUCUGUGGGACAGCAUGAGGCUCAACUACAGAGACUAUUUGAGAUCUCCACUCUUCCCCAUUGUCCUGUCUGUGUCUUCCUACUUUGUCUUCUGUCUUCCUUUUCUUGUUUGUGACAUCAUGGGAGAGAAGUGGGCAUGGGUCCAGCAAUUCAAGAUCCAACCCAGCCGUCGUCCUACAGCCUCUAUGCUGCUGCACUGUGCAGGUGUCACCUUGUAAAACCAUGUGUUUCUUGUGCUCCCAGCAUCAGUGGCCCAGUGGGCAUGGAGUCCCCCCGUGGACCUGCCGGACCGAGCUCCGUCCCUGUUGGUGUUGAUUGCUGGCCUGAUAAGCAACCUCCUGCUCUUUGACUUCUAGUACUUCAUCUGGCACCUGCUCCAUCACAGGAACCGCUGGCUGUACGUCACUUUCCACGCCAUCCAUCAUAAUUACUCAUCUCCCUUCGCUUUGGCCACUCAGUGUCUUGGCGGCUGGGAGCUGGUCACAAUUGGCUUUUUGACCACUCUUAAUCCUGUGAUCCUGAGAUGCCACCUACUCACCACCUGGGCCUUCAUGGUUCUGCAUGUCUACGUUUCUAUUGAGAAUCACUGUGGCUAUGAUUUACCCUGGUCCACAUCACGCCUGAUACCGUUUGGCAUCUACGGAGGGCCCAGCAAACACGAUGUGCACCAUCAGAAACCCAACACCAAUUUUGCACCAUACUUUAGCCACUGGGAUAAAAUAUUUGGCACGCAUGCUGAAUUCUGCUUCUCUACAGCAGUGAAAUAGAAAGCUAUAACACCAUUGGUAGCUGCUAUAGAUAGAUACCUGUGCUUGUUGUUUCUGCUUGCUUGUUUUUUACAAAUCAUGUGGAUAUUAAAAUGUGAAGGGGUGAAAAUUUAAGAGAAAUCAACAUUUUCCAUUGCACACAAAUGGAGGCAUGUUUCUGUAUUGUAUUAUAAAAACAACACUGUCAAAAUAUGAUGUUAGUUUUAAUGAUAGUGAGAAAAUAAACUCAUAAUAUCAUGCGCAAUCUAAAUAAUGCCUAAAUGCAUCUAGUGUGUCUGGCUUCUUUACUUUGAAAGUGAUCGUGAGCUUUGGACAUGGCAUAC